AUCUUCCCCUCCACUAUCGUUAAUUGCGAGUAGAGGGUGCCGACCCCAUGGGGAGUUGCUCUGUAGGUAAGCAGGGGCGUUGCGAUACUUCGCUUGAUGGGGAUGAACAUAGCAUGGCUGAUGGGUAUUGUCAAUCGUCUACCUCAUUUCUAGCGGUGUUUUCAACAUCUCCUUAGGCAUUGACCCCAGUGAUUUGGUCGUGACAUUAGAAUGCUUGCUGACGAUAAGCGGUGUAUUCAUCAGCGUGAUGGGUACCCUUACUCCGGCUGGAACCAAUACUUACGGGCUGAGUCUGCGUUGAAUGAUGUUGUACUCGUGUUGUUGCAGGUUUGUGGCUUCUGGCCACGUUCAUAGCAACCAAACAUUGGGUAGAUCGUCCUCCUCGGUAGAUGGUCUCUGAUGGGCCAUCACCCUCUACCAUGUAUGCUAGGGAUGGUAAGCUCUUCAAGAAAAAAGGAGAGAGCGGAACGCCGGUAUCAUAUGAUUUUACAUCACUGAUUUUCUCACGGCCCUGAUUAUGGAAGAAGUCCUGAGAGUAGCAUGGGAAGCCGCUCCUGGUAUGACCAGAGCAAUCGUCUUGGUGUAUGUCGCCCUUCUCAUGUGUGGACUACUCCUGGAGACCACACAAACCUACGCCCAGUUCGAGUUCGUGGAACUUAGCGUGCGGAUUCUCUGGUAUCCCCGUCGGGUUUGGUUACUCGUGACCUGUCCAUUCCUCUACACCCAGCACGCAUUUACAACGAUAGCGGGUCUACCUGUGGGCUACUACCUUCUAUCCAGACUGCCAUCUAUUGAGAGGGCCAAGGGAUCUACAGGUCUAUUGUUAUGGUUUUUGAUCACCGUUUAUACCACUAUCCUGCUUCCAUUCCUUCUCGUCACAGUACUUGUCGAGCUGGAACGGUGGAUUGGUUUUUCGCUGGAGUUUCGACACUUUCUGGAAGAUAAGACGUUCAGUGGACUCUUCGCAUUGGCCAUCUUCAUGAUCACCAAGGAAUGCAUCAUUAAUCGUGAGCCUAUGCAGCUCGGUAGUUACUCUAUACACAUCGAAUGGUACCCAUGUGUCCUCAUACUGGUCGUAUCGGUAUUAACUUGGAGAGUUCGUCUUGACCUCGUCGCCGCAGCGUUAUUGGCUCUGCUCGAUUCAAGUCCUAGGUUCGCCUUUGUGGAUAAACUACAACCAUCUACUCGAACUCUGGCCAAAGUAGAGACCAACCUUCUGCGUAACUGGUUCAUGCCAAUGUCCCUCUUUGGAGGAGAAUACAUACCUAUAGAACGAUCCACCUCUUUUACGGCUAACAAUGAAGAAACAGAGAUGAGCAAUGCUGCUGAAGAUAUUGAGUCUGCUCUCGAGAGCGGCCAUCAAGGAG